GGGCGCAGAGAGCGGGGUGUUAUACUUUUGACUCUAACGUUGCCAUGCCCCUUUUACAGUUGCCUUUGCCACCUGUCUGAGUGCUUGGCGUUCUUCCGAGUUUGCAAAAAGCCUCACGUCUGAAGAAUUAUGUCGUGACUCCAGCUGAUCGAUAAGUUGUCUGUUUUAAGGCGGUAGAGAAGUUGAGUUUUUUUAAAAUCAAUCCAUUCAUUCAUCUUUGCUGGGAUUUUGCUUGUUGUCAUGGAGGUGGCGAGGACAAGUUUAGGCAUUAUUUUGCCUUUAGUCUCUCAUCAUUUUUAUUUUAAGUGUUUACGGACUACGUCUUCUUAACCUACCGAGUUCUCACGCUUCUCUGACAUCGCCUCAGCCGCCGGCGCUUCCUGCUCCUAGACUGGGCGGGUUACUAAAUCAAGUCCGUGGUUUAGCGUUAAGGCCUUGAAAAAGCUCUUGCUUUUUGCAGGUAUUUUUGAUUUUUCACUCGUGCGUAUUGCAAAUAAAUCUUCCCUCUGUAUGUUUGUGGAUCCUGUCAGCAAUUGUUCACGUCUCUGCUUCACCAUCCUUUUCUGUUCUUGUAGCGUGAAGAUUAACUGCCUCGUUCGGUUUAUUUCUGAAGACGGACUUUUCUUACGUUGUACAUCAGGAGUGCAAGAGGAUGCUUCAGGUUCCCUUGCCCCUUGAUCGUGAACCCAGUCCGUUCAGACUGAGGUUUACCAUCUUCGCAGUUGGCACUGUCUGUCUGCCUCUCUUUGGGUUUUUGUCCUGUGUUUUUGUUUCACUGUGCUUUCAUUUUAAAGAAUCAACGGCUACUCAUUGUGGUGUGCCAAAUUAUUUACCCUCCAUUAGUGCAGCUAUAGGAGGGGAAACCCCAGAAAGAUACAUCUGGCGCUUUUGCAUUGGUUUGCACUCUGCUCCACGUUUUCUGUUGUCAGUGGCAUAUUGGAAUCAUUAUCGUUUUUUGUCCCUUGAAAGAAGUUAUCAGCUGUUCUGCCAUGUCACCCUGGUAUUGAGUAUCUUAGAAAAUCUAGGACUUCUGAUAUUAACAUAUGUUUCUUCAGCAGAAAAUUACGUUAUCCAUAAAUAUGCUUUCAUCCUCUUCAUGCUUUCUGCUCUGAGUUAUAUGGGACUUACUUGCAAGCUUUGGCGAAUGGCUAAGAAAAAUACAGUAAGUUCAGAGGCCCUGACCUCAUAUACAUGGAAGAAGCGCUUUUUCAUCAUCAAUUUGACUUUUUUUGUGCUUUCCCUUGUGUCCUUUGUUAGACACAACAGCUACUGUGAGCCAGGAGUUUACACAAUAUUUGCAUUACUGGAGUAUGUUGUGGUUCUUUCAAACAUGGCAUUUCACAUGACUGCCUACUGGGACUUUGGUAACAAGGAACUGGUGAUUAGCUCACCACAAGAGGACAAGCGCUUUUAAUAAUAGCCACAACGUGGUGACAGUGGGCAGUCAGAAUUCCCCCCUGACUGUACAGGUGCACACACACAAAACUUGCUUAUUGUGUGCCAUUGGGUGUUUUUUUUCCAUAAAUUAUAUUUACAAACUCCACUGAAUUUGAACCAUUUGUCACUGUAUUUAUAAUUAGUUGUUUUUCUGAUUCUUCCUGUUAAGUGUUGAUUUGUGCACAAGUCGUCUCUUUUCUUAAUGGGGAUAUUUUUUGUAUUCCAAUUAUGUGUUUUUUAAUUUCUUUAAUACCUUUAGUAUAUUUCAUAGUGCUUUCAGUCAGUUGGGCCUGAAUCAUGCAAAAAUCAGAGUUAUCUUCUAAUUAUUAUUUUCUGACAAUUUUGAUAUAAACAGAUUACGUUGUUCCUAAUUGACUUGGUGACAGUAGCAUUCAUUUUUGUCAAAUGAAUUUAAAUGUUAAGAUAUCAGAAAUUUCUUUUCAUGUUUUAUCUACUACAUUGCAUUACGGCUAUUAUGCUGCGGAAAAACACUGUUCAGUGGGACACGACUGCUUACACAAGACAUAAUGGCGGAAGCACGAAGGGCUCUUUGACAGUGGACAGCUGAUGUGAUAAGAGCUGUAAACUGGAGUGUGAAUUUCUAAUUUUCAAAAUGAGCUUUGAUUUGCAUAAGACACUUUACUGCCAAAAUCUGAACACUGUAAAGUUCUUCAACUGUAUUUGGUAUGAUUGUUUUUUAAAUGUGUUUUUCAUAUUAUGUCAAACAGAACUAUGAAGUUUUCUAUUUCCCAGAGCACAAUUUAUUUAUUCACUGUAUUAUGGCACACUGUUGGUUUUAAGACUGGUAAUUUUAACUUGUCAGUUCUCAUGAUGAAUGCUGGAAGAGGUGCUUUAUAAAAACAUAUGAAAGCAAGCCAUGAAUCUGCAUUUUCUUUUGGUUGGUUUCCCAAAGAAACAUUUUGGUCAAUAACCAUGAAAUGCUUUCCUAUCUUAGGCCCAGGAGAAUAUUGUGAACCCCAUUCUUUGACAAGAGGACGGUUUGUGCCACUAAGUGGUACAUUUGUUUGGUCAACUGGAUUCCAUCUUUUUUGUAAUUCAGGUAACACUGAGGUAUCUGGAUCAUCUUAAACUUUGCACCAUUUAUGCAAAAAGUCAAUACCUGUGCUUCAUUACUUGCAAGUCAUUAAUGAAUAAAUAAAUACUUGUCAUUAAUAAAUAAGUUAUAAACAUCCAAAUUGCAUUUAUAACAUUUUCAGAGAUUUUGGUUUGUGAAGGUGGGCAGAAUGUUGAAAUACCUCCUGGCUGAUAAAGGGAAGUACUUGAUCUAACCCUAACAACUGGGGAAUCAUUUUGUCCUUUUAAAAGUUGGAUGAUUCUGUCCAUCUCAUUAAAUGCCAGGACAUUGUAGCCCUGUAGUUAAGGGAGUGAGGCCCUUUUAGAGGUGGGCCAGAGGCAUUCUAUGGGCUUGACCUUGUCAAGACAAUGUGAGGUUCAGGGGGCAGUGGUCUCCGGUGCGAGGAGAAAGCUAAUUGCGGAUUUCAUGUUUUGAUGUGAAUUUGGAGUUGGAAAUUGAGUUGAUAAGAGUGCUUUCACCUUCAGAGGUGGACAAGGCACCUCAUCAACAUAACCCUUCUUUCUCUGUGUUCAUAAUAAAUUAACUUUUUCAAU